UUUCAAUUAGCAUCGUAAUAUUCUCGACACACAGUUGCGUCUUCUUAAUAGCUCAACCACUUCUUAACUUCUAAAAACACAUAUUUUUCUUAAAAUACGAAUCUUCGUUACAAAAUAGCAAAAAUUCGUUACAGUUAAUUUGCUUUAGCCAUGUAAGGAAACUCGGCCAGAUAACGUCUCAGAUUUUUGCAUCAAUAUUUUUGAGCGAGCAAUACAUACGUACAUAUUUUUAAAUUAUAUUUUAAGUGCCUUUUGUGUCUAGUCUACGUAUAAAAUCAAUUAUCUGAAAUUUACAUGAUUUCUAAUUUUUUCAAAUUACAAUUUUGAUAACCUCUGCCAGAUAACCUCUCAUAUUUAUUUGUCUUUACUUCUUAUAUAGUUCAAAUGCAAUUUUUCACCCAAUUUGUUAUUUACAAAAUAAACAAAAUGAAAACUACAUACUUUAUAAGUUUGGAAAUAAUAAUAACUUUACUCUCAUUGUAUUUCUUUGGCAAAACCGAAUCUCAAGCGUACAAUCAUGAAAGUUACUCUAACAUGGAUCGUUCCACUUGGAUGUCAAAACUACCAGAUUCUUCUCGUCUGAGUGAUAUCACAAUUCCGGGAAGUCAUGAUUCAAUGUCGCUACACGGCGGAUUUGCGGCUCAAACGCAAUCCUUGUUUUUACAGGAUCAGCUAAAAGUUGGGAUUAGAGCGAUCGAUAUCCGGUGUCGGUGGUACAGGGACAGUUUUCCGAUUCAUCAUGGUAUCAUCUUCCAGAAAACCUACUUCGACUCCGUUCUCCAAACCGUGGUCUCCUUCUUACACUCCAAUCCCAAUGAAACCAUCCUCCUCAAAAUAAAACAAGAAUAUGAUUCCUCUCAAAAUACGAAAAGUUUCUGGCAAAUUUACCAAAAUUAUGUGGCCCCCGUCAAUCAAUCCGUUUGGAUCCCCACCUCUGCAAAUCCAAAUUUAUCCGAAAUUCGGGGUAAAAUCGUAAUUCUCGACGAUUAUUCUACUUCCUCCACCCCACAAAAUUUUACUUCUUACGGAAUUUCCUACAAAUCCCGGGAACUUUUCGACUCUCAGAAUUUUUACCAGUUAAAAACUCCCCUGGAAAUGACGAAGAAAUGGAAACUUGUCAAAAACCAGGCCCUCAAGGCGAAUAAUUCAAGGGGAUCGUCCUACUUUGUGAACCAUCUCAGCGGAAAUGGUGACGCUACCGGAGUUUUUCCCUAUUUCGUGGCGAGCGGCCGGGCCACCUCGGGACCGAAUUCGGACCAAUUAUUUACCGGAGUUACGGAUCCCCUCGGGAAGAAGAUGUUCCCUCCCGAAUUUCCCCGAAGGCAUUGUCUCCUAGGAAUUUGAAUUGUGUACUCUGAUUUUCCUGGAGAUGGAUUAAUUGACACUUUGAUUAAUUUGAAUUUUAAAUGAAUAAAAGUUUUAAUUUCAAAAAUGUUUCGCCAGAAAGGAGAUUACCGUACAAGGAUA